GAAGGUGCUCCAGUCCCUCAAUCAUCCUUGUUUCCCUUCUCUGCACUUUUUUUGGGGUUAAAUGGGGUUAAAUGAAGUAAAUUAAAUAAGCAGAUUUCUGCUGAACUGCCUCGAUGUGCAUUUACACUACCCAGCAUACAGAGGACAUCAUUUGGUGAUGCUGGCUGUGUGUCCUUCCACAGACCAAUUCUACUUCUCGCCAUGUCGAAGGUACUGAUGCUUGAAUGUUUGAAAUUUCACCAAAGUUAGUGGUGCAGCAAAAUGUCCAGGUGUGAAAAAAGAAAGUGUUGUGAGCCUUUAAAAAAGUUUCCUUCUCUGGGGAAGCUCAAUGCUAUCGCUCAGAAGAAUGUGGCUCUAAUGGAAACUAUCCAGAAAUUCAAAGAAACACUGGCCCUGGAACUGAAGAGAGAAAAGACACCUUGGCUAAAUACUGUACGGGAUGAAAAAGCAGACCAGCUACAAACUCUUUGGCCUGUGAUGUGUACAGAUGUGCAAAGAGCCAGCAGAAAAGUUAAUGUGACUCUGGAUCCAUGGACUGCCAACCCCAAGCUCAUCAUCUCCUUGGAUCAGAAGACAGUGAGGCACGGAAAAGAAUUGCAGGCCCUGCCCGACAACCCGGAGAGAUUUGACUCUGAGCCUUUUGUGCUGGGCUGCGAGGGAUUCUGCUCAGGGAAGCACUGCUGGGUAGUCAACGUGGAGGCGGGACAGAACUGGGCGGUUGGGGUUGCCAGAGAGUCAGUGAAGAGAAAAGGCAACCUCAGCCUAAGCCCUGAGCAAGGCAUCUGGGCUGUGGAGCAGUGCUGGGGUCAGCUCCAAGCUCUGACUUCCCACUGGACUCCCCUGUACCUGUGCAGAAAACUCAGGAUGGUCCGGGUGUCUCUCGACUACGAGAGAGGUCAAGUGGCAUUUUCUGAUGCUGAACUGGACUUCCCCAUCUUCGCUUUCCCACCUGACUUCUUCAGGAAGGAGAAAAUCUACCCUUGGCUCUGGGUGGGGCCAGGAUCUCAGCUUUGCUUGUGAUUCAAAAGGUUGCUUCUUCCUGAUGGGUGUGUGUGUGUGCGCUCCUCCGUUUUUCAUUGCUUUGAUAGGGGAACACAAUUUUUUCCUCUCAGCCAAAAUACCUAGAGGUCUGAUUUGUGCAUGCCAGCAAGGUGACCGACUACUCAAAACCAGACUUUGUGGAAGUAGCUCUGUGAGAUGAACACAUUUAUCCUUAAAAGAUGGAACUAAUUUUCCUGCAACCACCUUCUCUGUUUUCAUUUCUCGCUAUUUUCAGUAACAUAUUGGAAAUCACAGAAAUUGCAGGCCAAGUCAUCUCCUUCAACCAGCUUCUGCCAUAACCGCUUUUUGACCUGCAAAGGCUCCCAAAAAACAACACACAAGUGUUUGUUUAUAAACCAAAGAGUAAUAAAGUUGUCCUUUGACAUUCAGUGGUUCCUAUGGCUGUAUUUCCACCAGGGUGCUGAAUAAAACCCAGUCACAAUAUGGCAGCUGCUA